CACAGGGCAUAUAUACUUGAGUUUUCUCCCGAGCAAAACCUAACCAGAAUAAUGAAGUUCCUCUUGGAGUUGGGAUCGUGUUACCGCUCUUCGUCGUCGCGAACCCGAGAUCGGAUGACGAGAUCAACCCAUGGGAGAAGCUCUAAAUCUGGGAGUGGUCAUCAAUGGAAGCCAGCUCUUGUUACAAUCUCAGAGGAUGGUGUUGUUUCAGGUUAUGAGGGUAACCUUCAGUCUGAGAAGAUGGCAUCGGCCAAAGCUCCUCGUCCAAAGGCCAAAGCUCCGAGUUUCAGUUAUACUUCUAGUGAUGAUUUUCAGUACUACUCCAGGAGAAACAUCGCGCCUAUGAUAAUACCUGCAGAUUUUUCAGCAACGCCGUUCAUGUUCUGAUGAGUAAUGAUCAGUACUGUUUUUAAAUGCUUUUUGUUGAUAAAUAUAUAUUAUCGAAGUUAAUUAUAAAUUUACUGUAUUGCUAGAUGAUCGAUGGAUUUAAUUUCUUUAGAAUUAGAACCACUGUAUUUUCAUUGCUUGCACAGACUAAAAACAGUAUCCAAAGAUUGUAUAUUCUUCUCUUAAUUAUGUAAAACAGUAUUUUUUUUUAAUUGAUUGCUUUAAGCUUUUACACUUUAUAUUACAUGGCAAUAAGAUUCGACAAAGAUAUAAGGCAUCUAGGGUUUGGUUUUCCCUUGUUUUUGAUGGAGGAAGAGGUGGUUUGUAUGUUUAGUUUUGUUUUUGUUGGGUACAUUGGAUGCCUUGUAAUCAGAGACUGAUCACUUAAGAAAUAUUAUACCGAUGGUUCACUUUUUGAAUUCGAGAUAAGUAUAUUGUACCUGUAGUAUGUUUUUUGAACACGUAGUAAGUGUUUAAUAAAAGAAUUAACAUCAUUAAGAUUAUGCAUGGUUGCAAGAGAGAAUCUCUUGCUUUUGAAGCCUUCUUCUCCAACUUUUACCAUAGUGCAGUAAAAUUCAGCUCAAU